CUAUCUUGACCCUCUUUUCAAGAGGAGCAGCAUAAGCUCUGCCUACACAGGAUGUAAAGCCAUGAGAUUCAGGUCUGGAAGGCACAGGGAUGACACAAGAGUGGAUGCUGUCUGCAGCUACAAGAACAAUGCCAGCCUGGCCAGGUUUGACAGAGAAAAGCUUUACCAGGAGCUGAGCACCAUGACAAACAAUGUCACCAAACUGGGCCACUACAGCCUGGACAGGAGCAGCCUGUAUGUUGAUGAUUUCACCCUCACAGACACAGCUGCCACCAAAAAGCCUCUCAUGGCUCCAGCCAAACUUGGCUAUAGGCUGAGCUUUAGAAUAGUCAAUGAAAACCUCACCAACCCUGACUCCCAGUCUCCAGAAUACAGAGCAGCAGUAGAAAGCAUCACCAACAAGAUGAACCACUUGUACCGUCAGAGCGACCUGAGGGAGCAGUUCCUGACCUGCAGGAUCACCGGGCUGAGGCCUGGAUCAAUAGUGGUGGACUGCCAGUGCUUCUUCCAGCCCGACCCCAAAAUCAGCAGGGCUGUGGUUGAAAGGACUUUCCAGGACAGGACCUCCAACACCACGGGGCUGUGGCUGGGCAGCAGCUACCGACUGCAGGAAUUCUCAGUGGACACCUUGGAACUCUCAGUUGAGGCAGCAACUCACAAGACACCCCUGGAGUCUGGCAGAGAAAAAUUCGGAUUAAAUUUCCGAAUCACCAACCUUCCCUACUCGCCUGAGCUGCAGGACUCCAGCUCCCAGAUGUACCGAGAGAACAAAGAGAAGAUUGAGAAAGAGCUCGAGGUGUUCAGGAGCAGCCGUCUGAAGGAUCAAUUUGUUGGCUGCACUGUGGAGAGCUUUGGGCCUGUCCAUGGCAAAGGACACACAGAGGUUGCCUCAACCUGCACGUUCACCCUGGAUCCCCUCUCAGGGACUUUACAGGAGCAGGAGGUGUUUGAGGAGCUGGAACUCCUGACCCAGGGCUUCACCAGGCUGGGCUCCAGCUAUGAGCUGGAGGAGCAGAGUCUGGUGGUGGAAGGUUACUCUCCACUCAAGACAGAUGAAGCAGAGUCCAAAAGAUCUGAGCUUCAGUUCUGGGCCAUCAUCCUCAUCUGCCUUUUCACCCUGCUGGGCUUCAUCCUCCUCCUCCUGUUGUGCUUCCUGGUCCUCUCCUGCCUGAGGAGAAAGUCCCACCUGUACCAGGUGCAGCAGGGCCUCUAUGGGCUGUACUUCCCCCACCCCAGCACAGGGAAGGUUCACUGACACCUCAGCUUGGUCUUCCCAGACCUUUUCGUCCACUGAUGAAGGAAAAAUAGCUAUAAAACCUAAAAAAUGUUUCUUUUAUAAAUUAUUUCAGCAUUUUCUCUCGCCUUGAGACAAAUCUUUGCACUAUUUGCCAUGAUUCUUUUCAUACUCCAGGAAACUGCCAACAGUGCAGGUGCUGAGGAAAAUAUUUUUCUUUAAGCACUGCAGUGUUUUAUAGAAAUAUCUAUUUUAUAUUAAUAUUACACAACCAAAGGAAAAUAAAAACUACCAGGAGCUGCAGUUUGCAAAGCCCUUCAGUGUUAAUGUCAGUUUUCUGAAAGAAAUUAUAAUAAUUUAGAGAUUUUUGGGGACUGACUGU